AUGAUUUCUUCUACUGACUCUUUGCUGAAGUAUGACUGCCCCGAGCUGGUGAGCAAAAAAAACGAGACGAAAUCGUCAAAGGAUCAGGCUUUGAAGGCGACUCCCACGCAGCCUGCCUCUGUUCCAGUUCCACCUUCAACCAAACACAGAAGCUCUUCAUCUGAUGCCAUUAAUCAGCAAACAGAGGAUGUUCUUCAUGUCAUCCUUCCACCACGGAAAUGGAUGGAGAAUGAUGAGCUGUGGGUACAGCAGGUGUCCAGCAGGCCAUGCACCCGGACAGAUGUCAUUCAGCUGCAAGAAGAACUGGAUCUCAAACUGUAUCAGAGACAGGCCAGAGAUAUGGGCAUCUGCCCUGUCCGCAGAGAGCUCUACACACAGUGCUUUGAUGAGCUACUCAGACAAGUUACCAUCAGUUGUGCUGAGAGAGGAUUGCUGCUUUCACGAGUAAGAGAUGAGCUGCGCAGGACUAUCUCUGCCUAUCAGACCCUGUUUGAGACCAGUGUGGCCUUCGGCAUGAGGAAAGCUCUGCAGGCUGACCAAGGGAAAAUGGACACUGAGAAGAAGAUUGCAGACUUGGAAAAUGAGAAGAGCGAGCUGGAAAGACAGCUGAAUGAGCAGAAGGCUAUAUUUGAGGCAAUUGAGAGACAAGAAAAUGAACGGCGACAAAUAGAAGAGAAGAAGCAUGCUGAGGAGACCGAGUUUCUCAAACGUACCAACUUGCAACUGAAAAACCAGUUGGAUGCACUCAUUACCCCAAUGGAACGUGCACAGCUGGACAGAUAG